AUGUGUUGGAUUUUUGGAUACGUGUUGUGUUGCGGGUGUUUGGGAGGGAAGACAUCAUCCGAUGGCAAGAAUACCACAAAUGUCUAUAAAGUUGACAACGAAUCCAACAAUAAAUCCAUUCCAGACAAACCAUUGAUUGAGACAACAAAUCCAACCACAGAAUCGACUGAUGAUACCAUUCCGGCCACAGUUAAAACACCAAUCAAUAUCACACAUAAUGACAACAUAACUGUAGAAUCGAUGGACAAACCAUUGAUUGCGACAACAGAUGGGAACGCAAUGAGAGAAUCAACCGGUGAUAGCAUUCCGGCAACAAUUAAGACACCAAUCAAUACCACAAAUAAUGGCAACACUGCUGUAGAGCCGAUGGCUAACAAAGUGAACACAACCUCAAGAGUAAUGAUUGAUCACAUUCUUGAAGAUAUAUUACAGCACUUGAGUGUCAAAGAAUUGUUUCGAUUGGAGAGGACUUCCGCACAGUUUGCGUGUUGUGUGGGAACAGCUCUUAGGGAUAAACGUGUGCUAAGUGUGGGUCAGAAGAAUCUCGAAGAAUGCGAUAUCACUGAUGCCAUUGAGGAAAAAUUUAUUAAUCCUUACACUACUUACGACGACCAUAAAGAUCAAUACAAAUACGAUUUGAUAGCCAGUCAUCGCACGUUCACUUCAAUACUAACUAAUUGUUCACUCAUUAAAAGUGUUUGUCUGAGACGUGUUAUUGUCGACUACCAGACCAUCGCACAGCUCAUCCAUUUGUGUCCUCAACUUUCACGCUUAACAUUGAUUUUGAUUGAAAUGAUCCCUUCGGACAGUAUUACUAGUGAUGAGUGGACACAACUUCUUGGGCCGCGACUCACAUCAUUGUCUCUCAUUAAGUGUAAAGUCAAUUAUAUUGACAAAAUAGUAAGCAAUUUGAGACAAUUCUCAUCACUUGAAGAGUUUCGUAUUGAAUGGUGUGAAGGAAUUGAAGUGUUGGCCACAAUUCCCGCAAAUCUAAAGCGAUUGCGAAUUCAAAUGUUUAAAAUGGUUUUCGAUGACGAGAAUGGUAUCAAUUCAUUCAUCACUCGUUGCUCUUCAAGUCUGAAAGCGCUGGCUAUUGAAUGCAAUUCAUUCGCUGAUCACCACUGGGAUCAGUUGUUUAUCUCUAUCUGCGAUCACAUGACACUCAAAGACUUUGCGUUUGACACAUACUGUCUGAAUGGACAGAUAGUUAGUGAUAAUCUGUUUAAACUGAGGGCUUGUGAACGGCUGCGGAUUGACUGUAAUAUCGAUAUAAACUCAAUGAUAGCGAUGCCGUCUGUAAAGCAUUUGACGCUAUCAAAUGUCACGUGUCGUCCAUCCGAGUGGACACGUAUGGCAACAGUAUUCCCAAACUUACGGCGCUUUUCACUUCUGGAAACGAUUGAAAUUCAAUGUGAUUUCGAUACCAUUCGUAUCGACGAAACAGACCAUUAUAUCAUUGACUGCGAGAUCUGUUUCUAUCACUGUUUGCAAAGAGUGUCACAAUUACCACAACUCAUACGCUUAGACCUCAUUAAUACCCGCAAUGAAAAUAGCAAAAUGUGUUGGAUUUGUGGAUAUGUGUUGUGUUGCGGGUGUUUGGGAGGGAAGACACCAUCCGAUGGCAAGAAUAGCACAAAUGUCUAUAAAGUUGGCAACAAAUCCAACAAUAAAUCCAUUCCAGAUGGGAACGUAAUGAGAGAAUCAACCGGUGAUAUCAUUCCCGCAACUAUUAAGACACCAAUCAAUACCACAGAUAAUGGCAACACUGCUAUAGAGUCUGUUGAUAACAAAGUGAACACAAUCUCAAGAGUAAUGGUUGACCACAUUCUCGAAGACAUAUUACAGCACUUGAGUGUCAAAGAAUUGCAUCGAUUGGAGAGGACUUCCGCACAGUUUGCGUGUUGUGUGGGAACAGCUCUGAGGGAUAAACGGAUGUUAAGUGUGGGUCGAGAGGGACUCGAAGAAUACAAUAUCACUGAAGCCAUCGCUAGAAAAGAGUUGAUUCGUCGCAAGAAUUAUGACGGACUGAGUGUUGAUUACAAAUACGAUUUGAUAGCCAGUCAUCACGCGUUGACUUCAAUGCUAACGAAGUGUCCACUCAUUCAAUGCUUGAUUUUAAGACGAGUUUUUAUCGACUACGAGACCAUAGAUCUGGUCAUCGGAGGGAAGACACCAUCCGAUGGCAAUAAUACCACAAAUGUCUAUAAAGUUGGCAACAAAUCCAACAAUAAAUCCAUUCAAAACCAAUCAUUGAAUGCGACAACAGAUGGAAAUACAAAGAGAGAAUCGACCCGUGAAUCCAUUCCGUUAACGAUUACUGUAGAUUCGGUGGACAACAAAGUGGACACAAAUUCAAGAGUAAUGAUUGAUCACAUUCUCGAAGAGAUUUUACAGCACUUGAGUGUCAAAGAAUUGUAUCGAUUGGAGAGGACUUCCGCACAGUUUGCGUGUUGUGUGGGAACAGCUCUGAGGGAUAAACGUAUGCUAAGUGUGGGUCGAGAGGGACUCGAAGAAUGCAAUAUCACUGAAGCCAUCGCUAGAAAAGAUUUGAUUCGUCGCAAGAAUUAUGACGGACUGAGUGUUGAUUACAAAUACGAUUUGAUGGCCAGUCAUCACGUGUUGACUUCAAUACUAACAAAUGAUCACAAGAGUCGUCCACACAUUGGUUUUGAGCACUCAUUGCAUCCAUUCAUCGAUUGUUCCCUUCCUCUCGACCACUGGUCGGCCACCGGAUUGUCUCAACACAAACACAACGCUUCCCAUAAGACAGACAUGUCUUUCAAUCGGGACAACAGUUUUGAGGCUAAUGUCAGAAAUUAUCAUCAAAAUAGUGUCACAACCGAUGGAUCAGAUGACAGCCAAUUGAAUGGUGCCGUCGAAGACACCGCUGUUGUCGACAAUAACACCAACGAAGACAAUAGUGCGGCCAUCGAUGGAGACAACAGUAUUAAAGCCACGAGAGGUAACAUAUCGUACGAAGAGGUGAGCGAUGACUAUCUGGACACCGAUCCGGACGACGACCCGGAAGAUGACGAGUCCGAGUCGACCAUCAGCUUAGAUGAUAGCUGUCGACCGAAGGCGAGCGCCGUAGGGCUGAUGGGCCGACUCGGCAGUCAAGACAACGGUGCCGUCGACCGCUUUGGGUCGGAACCACUGCCCGAUACGGUGACCGUAUUGGACGGACCCAAUGGCGCCAAACUAUAUCUCGUGGGAACCGCUCACUUCAGUGAGAAGAGCCAACAGGAUGUCAGCCAAACAAUUCUAAGAACUCAGCCCAACAUUAUUGUCCUCGAGUUGUGUGAAAGCCGUUUAAGUAUACUAUCGAUGGACGAGAAGACAAUUCUGGAGGAAUCGUCAACAAUGGGCGUCGCGAAGAUCAGACAUAAC